GCCUGCCUACGAAGAUCCUCCGGCUCAUGGUGCGCAAGUCUCCGUGCGGUGAAGGCACCAACACCUUCGACCGCUGGGAGAUGCGAAUCCACAAGCGUCUCAUUGACCUGCACUCGCCCUCGGACGUGGUGAAGCAGAUCACCUCCAUCUCCAUUGAGCCUGGUGUUGAAGUCGAGGUGACCAUCGCAGACCUGUGA